CGAACGACCACGACAGCAACGACCGCACGAACGACAUGAAUGAGCCCAAAAAAUCCGACCCUACAACUCAAGUAGUCCAUGAGCAAGCUACCGCGACAAAUAUAUCUUAUACUCAACCGUCACUUGAACCAGUGGCAGAAAUAAUCUCAGCAGCACAGCGCGGGGAUCUCACCACCAUUCGUGAGCUCGUAGAGUCAGGGAAAUGCAAGGUUACAGAUAGAGACGACCAGAAUCACACCUCUUCACUGGGCAGCGAUUAAUGCCCAGCUUGCAACCUGCCGCUAUCUCAUAGAACAGGGUGCGGAAAUAGAUGCAAUAGGGGGUGACCUACAAGCUACUCCUCUGCAGUGGGCCGCACGCAAUGGA